GGUCAGACUGUUUUCAGAUCAGCGGAGCGCUUGAUUUUAUUCUCCUCGACGUCCUUCCUAAAAGUUAUUCCACCUCGCCCGACCCCCGCAGCUCGCGUGUCCUCUACAUGGACUUAGUGUUUGAAACUUACCCACCAGCUGCGGCGUCGACAUGGACACCGUCGUUUUGUAGCUGCAGAGUCUGUCCUGCCGCCGGGUCUUUCGUAUGGCCGGAGCUUGCUGCAAGUGUCCAGUCUCUCUGUCCGUGUUCAAGCGAUCUCUCUCGGUGGCGCCGCGGGGCUGCGGUUCCUCUCCACGGUCCCUGUUACCGGGCUGGAGGUUAGGGGAGCGCGGCCUGCAGGAGGCCGCCCGACCCUCCAGCGCCCUCAGACCCGCAAGUUUUUACCGACACACGGCUUUCUUCUGUCUGUCCUGCCAGGAGUCCAUGAGUGAGAGUCUGCGGACGUGCUACGUGUACCUGAACCAAACCAGCCGGAGUUUUGCAGCUGUGAUUCAGGCACUCGACGGGGAGUUGAGACAUGCAGUUUGUAUUUUCUACUUGGUGCUGCGAGCGUUGGACACAGUGGAGGACGACAUGAGUAUCCCUCUGGACAAAAAGGUUCCCAUGCUGAAUGAUUUCCACACCUAUCUGUACCAGGAUGAGUGGUGCUUCACUGAGAGCCAGGAGAAAGACCGACAGGUUCUGGAGGAUUUCCCUACGAUAUCACUGGAAUUCAGAAACCUCGCUCAGGAAUACAGAGACGUCAUCUCAGAUAUCUGCCACCGUAUGGGAGUGGGAAUGGCUGAAUUCCUGGAGAAGAAAGUGGGAUCCAUGAAGGAGUGGGACCAGUAUUGCCACUAUGUCGCAGGGCUGGUCGGCAUUGGUCUGUCUCGGCUCUUCUCUGCGUCCCAGCUGGAGGACCCUGAGGUGGGGCGGGACACCGAGCUGGCCAAUUCCAUGGGCCUGUUCCUCCAAAAGACCAACAUUAUCCGAGACUAUCUUGAGGACACGCAAGAGGGACGUGCCUUCUGGCCACAAGAGGCUUGGAGUCAGUUUGCAGAUCGUCUUGAAGACUUUGCCCAGCCGGAGAAGCUGGACUCGGCUUUGUCCUGUCUCAACCUGCUGGUCACUGAUGCUCUGCGACAUGUCCCUGAUGUUAUUGCCUAUCUGUCCCGUCUGCGCAACCAAAGCGUCUUCAAUUUCUGUGCUAUUCCACAGGUGAUGGCAAUAGCUACACUGUCAACAUGCUACAACAACCCCAUGGUGUUCCAGGGAGUAGUGAAGAUCAGAAAGGGACAGGCUGUCACCCUCAUGAUGGAAGCCACCAACAUGAGAGCUGUGCAGACUAUCAUCACCCAGUACAGCCAGGAGAUUUUACAGAAGGUCUCCCUCUCUGACCCAUCACGGGACAAGACCCUGCACAUCCUGGCUAUAAUCCGAGAGAAGUCCACGCUGUCGCCGUCCAGCCUCCCGUCCAGGACCCACCACUUGUCACCUAUGUACCUGUCUGCUGCCAUGCUGCUGGCCGCUCUGAGCUGGCAGUACCUCAGCACUACCGCAGCACAGGCGCAGGGCACCGGUGACAUGCAGGGAAAGUGAACCCCUUCACCCUCACCUUUCCUGGGGGCUACAGACUAAGAAAAUCCUUCUGUCCACUCUGGAGGUCUGGCUCUCCUCUCACUAGAGGAACCAAAGGCACCUCUUCCCUCCUUUGCCCUCUUUGUUAUGGCCGUUACAGGACCAUGGACAUAUUCAGACUGUAGAGGGGCUCUGGUAGCAGGCUGGUCUCAUUAGAUUGUUUGAUAGUGAUUUGUGGUAGUCCAUCCUGGACCUGGAUUAAUUACUUACACACAGUGUUGUGUAGUCAUAUUCACCAGCAUAAAUGGCACAUUGAAACGGUACAGGGGGCGGGUUUAUUCUCAUUUGAUGUUUAUGCUGAUCAUGUUUUUUUUUCUUUUUUUUUUUGUUUGGUUUGUUUGAAACAUUUUGACCCAUCUUUUGCAUUAAUGACAUCAAUCAUCAAUCAUAUUUGGAUAUUUCAAACAGCGGUUUAGAUUCAUUUUGCCUGUUGAAGGUGUGAAAUGUUCAAAUAUACAAAACACGACACUGCCUAUUUUAGGACUUUGGGGAGCACAGUCGCCAAACUUCAUUCAGUUUUCCUUUAAUUUUGUCUCAAAUCUUAGUUUUCUUAUUUCUCAUGUCAAAUCAAAGCUAGCCUAAUAUUCCACUUGUUUCUAUGGGAGGAACACUUAAAGAGCUGUUACAGCAGUGCACUUUAAAGCAUUUAUGCUGUAUGUAUGUGCUUUAUAGAUGUGGAUAGCAUCCCCUCACAGCAGAGCUUUGUUUCAACACUCUUCUUUCUUUGUUCAUUCUUUAUACUUUGAAAUGGGAGAAAAAGAAAAAAAAACAGCAGUUCCACUGGUAGUUUUAUUAGACAUGUACUGUUGGAAGGAAUAA